AUGGCCAUCCUUUACUACGCCGCUACAGCCCCCAUCAAUCCUGCCGGCGCCGAGCCCGUCCUGACCCCAGCGCAGGUUUGGGAGGGCCUGCGCCGCAAGGUCCGCCACGCAGAUCAGUUUGUACCGCCCAUUACCUCGUGCAUUGUCGACAAGGAAGAGGACAAUGUGGUGCACCGUCGCGUCAUCUUCGAGGGCAGCAAGGAGAUGAGCGAGGUUUGCACGGAGCUGGCGCCGCACAGGGUCGACUUUCGCCUCGAGGACGGUACCGAGAUUGAGAACAUCCUGUCGUCGGGGCCGAGCGACGACGAGACGGAUCUGUACCUGACGUACUCGUUCAAGUGGAAGUUUCCCAAGAUUGAGAGGGGAAGCACAGAGGAGCGGGACAUGCUGGCUGAGCAGCAAAAGAAUGCACGUGGUGCGGUGCAGUCGUCUAUCAAGGUUAUCCGCGAGAUGAUCUCGGAUGGAAGGCUGAAGGCAUAA